GCGCCCAGCAUUUUUAACGUUUAUCGGCUGGCCAAAAGUAUCUACCUAAGCGACGACGGUCUCAAAAUAAAUAAAACAGUUUAAGUUUUUCUAUAUCAGAAGUAGAGUCGGAGCAUUGCGGAAGUGUUAUACAAACGGCCACAAAAUGAAACUGCAACUAGUCGCGCUGUUGUGCAGCGUCGUUGUCUUGGCACAAGCCCAAAACUAUCCGCCACGGCUGAGCAUUCCGGGCGCAAUCCCCGUGUCAGCGCCAAUACCUCAGCGCCAGCAAGUGCUGCGAGUGCGUCGACCUGGCGUGACGCUGCGUCAGCAACAGCAGCAGCAACAGCACUUGCCAGCUGUUACGCAGCGCAUUCUACUGGAGGAGCGACCCGUUACAGAGCCCGCUGAGGAUGAGCAGCCGGACGCAUUCCUGCCCAAUCUGCUGCGCGAACAGCAGCUAGCUCAAGCACAGCAAUCACAGUUCCAGCAGGCUGCCGCAGCCUUUCUGAAUGGCCAGCAACCCGUGGAGACUGCCACUCCUGUACAGCAGCUGCUCCAGCAUGAGGACACCCAGCCGACAGCAAUUUUGCCAGCACCACGCUUUUCGGAACGUCCUGCUGCAGCCACGCCCAUCAACCGGCCAUCUUUCAACGAUUUUGGCAUCGGACGCUUCGAAAACUCUCAGCGCUUCGAUUUGUCGCGCCCAACACCCACUGCUACGGCGGCACCACCUCCACCACAGCGUGUCGCAGUCAUACGCACGAGACCUGCGGCUGCAGUGCGUCCCGAGCCAGCACCUGUCUCUGUACAGCGUCCAAGACCAAAGCCCAUUCAGCCACGCCCUCUCAUCGAUCAGAAUCAGCUACAGGAUGAACAGAACGCGCAACAGCAGCGUCGCCAACGUCCCGUCGCCCAAACCAUACGCAAGUGGCGCGAUGAGAACGAGGAUGGGUCCAUCACCUGGGGCUAUGAGAACGACGAUGGCUCCUUUAAGGAGGAACUCAUUGGCACCGACUGCAUAACCAAGGGUACCUAUGGCUACAUUGAUCCCGAUGGCAACAAACGUGAGUACAACUAUGAGACGGGAAUCAAAUGCGAUCCCAAUGCGCGCAAUAAUGAGGAGGAUCUACAGGAGAAUGGCUUCAUCAAUUACGAGGAAAAUCGCGCUGUGUUGCCCAACGGCUUGGAAAUCGAUAUGUCACAGCUCGGAAAGAAGAAGUCCAAGCGUCCCAACAGUAUCUACAGGAACUAAUCGUACGCACGCAUCCAAACUCCACUUAGCUGUUUAAGUCAAUGAGCUCUUAAGUCGUCGCCUUAAUUGUACUAAUCUGUAAUUACGUCUGUACUUUAUUAUUAUCGUGUGUAAAGUUUGAAGUGAGAAAUUAUAUGAAUAGCCUGUAAAA